AAUCAUAGAGCUCCAAUUUGGGAGAAAGAAGAAAGAAUCUUAAAGGGAUACCUUGCGGCAUCACAUGCUGUUGUCUCAGUCUCUUACAUCUUAGGAACAAGCAAAAAAAGAGACAAAACUCAUUUGACAAAAGCCUCUCCUCUCAAUGCCCGAACCAGGCAUCUCGCAAUUCACCUCAGUUUUCCGCGCCACCGACUCGUACCGCGUGAGGCGCUUCCGCCCAGCCGUCUCCUGCACGGCCUGUCAGCGGCGCAAGUCGAGAUGCGAUCGCCAGCAUCCAUGCGGCGCCUGCGAGAAGCGGAGCGUGGGCGAUGCCUGCUCUUACGGCUCGGCGCCUGUAUCGUCAGCGGCUGAUAACAGCAGGGCAGCCGGCGGCGGGAACAGUCGGCAGGAUGUCCAGCUCAAGCUCAGCCAGCUGGAGCAGAUGGUGAGGGGGCUGGCCGAGAAUCGCCUCGCAAAGGGGGAGUCAGCGCCGUUACAUGAUGGCCUGCGCUCUGGAGGAGGAUGCGAUGGUAAAGAGGAGUUGGAGACGGACUAUCACGGGGCUACUUCGUGGACGGCGCUGGUUGAGGGCAUUCGCGAUAUCCAGGACGUGCUGGCGGCGGAUCGAGAGCCCGACUAUGCUGAUGGCGUGGAGGCGACGGAGCCCGAGGUUGUGCUGGGAGACGUGCCGCCCAUCACCAUCAAGGGCGUCGUGGAGAGUCUGCCGUCGAGACAGGAGGCCGACAAGCUCGUCAUGGCGUAUUUCAGAGCAAAGUUCCUCGCCGUCAUCUUUGUCCAUACGCACCAGUUCAAGCGUCGGUACGAUGCCUUUUGGACGGAUCCCAAUUCGGCCGACUUUCUCUGGAUCAGCAUCCUGUUCUCCAUCCUCAGCAUCGGCACAAUGGUUGUAAACACAAAAGAGGCAGACGCCACGUCUUCCAGUUCGUCGACAUCGUCAUCGCCCUUGACGGUAGGGCCCGACUCGCGCUGCUACAUGAACAAGGCCGCCCAAUGCCUCGUCGCAGGGCAGUACUUCAAGGGGCGGCGCUUCUCCGUCGAGGCGCUCCUCAUGCACGCCCACUCGCGCAACGUCCAGAAGCUGGACUCGGACUCGUCGCUGUGGUCCCUGUACGGCCUCGCCGUGCGGCUGGCGCAGAGGCAAGGCUACCAUCGCGACGCGGCCAGGGUGUCGAGCAACAGGGCCAUGACGCCCUUUGAGGCGGAGAUGCGGCGCAGGACGUGGUUCGUGAUCCAGUCGACGGAUCUGCUCUUUUCGUUCCAGAACGGCAUGCCCCCCAUCAUCACCCAGGAUGUCUGCGACGUGGGCCAUCCCACGAAUCUCACCGACGACGACUUCGACGAGGAUGCCGAAUCGCUGCCGCCUCCUCGUCCACCAACAGACCCCAUCCCCGCCCUCGCAUGCAUCACAAAGUCAAUGCUCUGUCGAGUUAUGCGCCGUGUGGUGCGCCACGUCCUCGCCGUCACUCCAGCUCCCUAUGCCGACACGCUGUCUCUCGACCAAGAGCUUCGAGAGUGGCAUGCUUCCGUGCCAGCCUGCUUGCGCAAUCGCACCAUCCGCAACACGGCCUUUACAGAUGCCAAUUACACAAUCAUGCAUCGACUCAUGCUCGAACUCAUGUACCUCAAGAGCCUGUGUAUCCUCCACCGCCCACAUCUCACACUACACAAGCACGACGCCGAGUAUGACGCCUCGAGGCGGGUUUGCAGGGAGUCGGCGCUCACGAUCCUGGAAAUACAGGCAGAGCUUGAUAUUGAGACUGGGCCGGGAGGGAGAAUGUACAAAGAUAGGUUCAUGGUUUCGAGCCUAACGCUGCAUCAUUUCUUGCUUGCGGCAAUGAUCAUGUGUCUCGACCUAAGCGAGUCUACAGACACAAGCCCACAAGACAGAAUCAAGUGCAGAGCCACUCUCCGCACCGCCUAUUCCAUCUGGUCCGCCCGCCGCACCACCUCAGUCGACGCCCUCCACGCCUCCAGAGUGCUCGGCGCUAUUCUCAACCGCAUCGAUCCCCCAAAUAUCCUCGCCUCCACAAGCGCUUCCGCCCAAAUGACCAGCACGCCAAGCGUUCCUACAAUAUCAGAGGAAAUGAUGCUGCAGCAACCGUCAGCUCUCAACGGCGACGACAUCCAAGAUUAUAACGUCACAGACGACAUGUCAUUUGUAGAUGGCGCUGGCGAUGCUAUGCUCAGUUUUGAAGAAAUGUUUGACGAUACAAACAUGUUUGAUUGGGUUCGUAAAUUCCUUUCUCCCUCCUUUUACUACCUUGUUUUUUCUGUUCCCAAUCGGUAGAAUCUAACAUUCAGAUCUUUACCUUUUCCGCAAAUAGGGUUCUUUCGACCAGUAUAUUCAGUCCGACUCCAGAUCAUGGAGACAAUUCUUCUCCGACACCAGCUUAUAGCCCGUAUUAUAUACUAUUAACCCAAGGAAUAGCUGAAACAGUAAAGAAGAGGCACAGAAGUCCUCCGAGUCGUAUAUUUAAAAACAAUAUACAAGGUCAGUACUCUCAUCUGUCUACGAGAAGGAAUGAGAAGAAAUAAAUCCACCGUAAUAGACUGUCAAGCAGAACAACGUCUCCAAAAAGAAAAGUAGGAAAGUGAAACAUAUUUAAAAGAAAAUAAUAAUAAGAAUAACAAAAAAAAAAAAACUCAGAGCUUGCUUAUAUGCUCCCUCAGGC